CAGAGAGAGACCGUGCCCCCAACCAAACUUUUUGGCGAGUCCAGGGCGGACAGCGCGGCGCGGCACCGGGCCGCUGCGAACGAAACCGCAGGGCGGGGGAGCGAGAGACCCGCUCGGAGAAAAGGGCGCAGCGCAGACGCGGCGGCGGCGGCCCAACCCGGAGGGGGGCGCGACCGGUUCGGUUCGUUGGUCCGCUCGUCUCCUCCUCCUAUUCCUCUUCUUGGGGGGGGGGGACGCCAAGGAGAGGAAUAGCAGGAGAGGGAGGGAGGCGGGGGUGAGCCAGCGGGCGACGACCGACGACGACCAACGGCACGCCGCCGUUGUUGUCGGCGUUUGUAGGCCAGGCCGCCGCGGCCGCUCGGUCGGGCUGAGGAGGCCGUUGGUGCGACCGACGAGGGAAGAUGGCGCGGUUCAUCCUGAGCCUGAUGGAGCUCGGGGUCAGCGCGGCGGUGCACCUCAUCUUCGGCUUCUACGUCUUCAGCACGGCCGUGGCCGCCGACAUCUCGCAGGCGGCCGCGGCAUCCGGGUGCCUCCUGCUGCGCCGGCCGCCACCCUCCGCGGGCGCGGGCGAGGGGGCGCUCGUCGACGUCGCCGCGGCCGGGGAGCGCGACGAGCGCAGGGGCGCCGGGCCCGUCGUGCUCGACGGCUCGCCGCCGCCCAUCGUCCUCGUCCACGGCAUCUUCGGCUUCGGCAAGGGGAGGCUCGGGGGGCUCUCCUACUUUGCCGGCGCCGAGAAGAAGGACGACCGCGUGCUCGUGCCGGAUUUGGGGUCGCUCACCAGCAUCCAUGACAGGGCGUGCGAGCUGUUCUACUACCUCAAGGGCGGGCAGGUGGACUACGGCGAGGACCACAGCAAGGCUUGCGGCCACACGAGGUUCGGGAGAAUCUAUCACACAGGGCACUAUCCUGUGUGGGAUGACCAGAACCCGGUGCACUUUGUUGGGCACUCGGCCGGCGCGCAGGUUGUGAGGGUGCUGCAUCAGAUGCUAGCCGACAAGGCUUUCCCAGGUCAUGAUACUUCUGAAGACUGGAUUCUAAGCCUUACUUCCUUGUCUGGCGCACUUAAUGGGACAACGAGAACUUACUAUGACGGCAUGCUGGUUGAAGAUGGGAGGUUUAUGAGAUCUAUCUGUCUUCUUCAGCUCUGCCGGCUUGGAGUUAUUGUCUACGACUGGCUGGACAUUCCUUGGCUGAAGAAUUAUUACAAUUUUGGUUUUGACCACUAUGAGAUGUCACGGAGGAAAGUAGGGUUUUCAGGUUUAAUUGAUCUGCUGCUGGGGCGCACUGGCCCAUUUGCCAGCGGAGAUUGGAUUUUACCUGACCUCACAAUCCAGGGAUCUAUAAAGCUUAACUCUAGUCUGAGGACAUUUCCCAAUACAUUCUACUUCAGUUAUGCUACAAAGAAAACAAGAAAGCUAUUUGGAAUUACAGUGCCUUCAAGUGUUCUUGGAGUCCAUCCCAUGCUCUUUCUCAGAGUCCUUCAGAUGUGUAUGUGGCGGCACCCUCAGAAUGCUCCUCUGCCCUACAAAGGAUACAGGGAUGAAGAUUGGGAAGACAAUGAUGGGGCUUUGAACACGAUCUCUAUGACUUACCCACGCAUUCCUAUAGAGCAUCCACACCGUUUUGUAGUGGACGAUUCUGACUGCCAUCCUUUGCAACCUGGGAUAUGGUAUUACAAGAUUAUUGAAGCUGACCACAUUCUAUUCAUUGUGAAUCGGGAAAGAGCUGGAGUGCAGUUCGAUUUGCUGUACGAUGGAAUUUUCCAGCGCUGCAGGAAGCACGCAUUUAGGAAGAGCCUGCCUACUGUACCAAAUGAAACGAGUCAAUAGCAGAUUAAUCCCAAACCGAAGUAUUUAUAGGUUGUAGAGAGGAACAAAGGAGGAACCACAGUGUUUUCAGAACUGUAAAUUACAUUGCUGAUUUGACGAGCAUCGCGAUCUCUCCUGUUCUUGGAAGAGGGGCUCAUGGAGGCUGGUGGCUGGGAACUUGCAUCCUUCCUUGGCCCUCUGACCGCCUAGUGAACGCUUCGGCUUCACUGACCUUAUACUCCAAUGCAAGGAAGCUUUUGGAUUUGCCUUCCAGUAUUGAUUCUCCAUGGAACGAAUUGAUCAACGGCUGCAGUUACUCAUUACCUGACUGUGGUUAUGAUAGGUUCACAGAUAUGUUUAAAAAGUGAUUUGUAGAUAUUGAGUGUUGCGUGGAUGGUGUAACAUUGUAACCAGCAGGGUUCGGUGAAAAGAAGUGGUUCAUGAAUUAUUAUUUACAUUCUUUGGCAAUUAUCAGGAUUGGAUCUUUGUUUGGUCUGAAGUCUCCUGGCAGGCAGCUGGAAAUACAGAUAUAAUUUUUUUUCGGAAGAUGAAAUAGUACAGAUAUUAUCA